AUUCAAUCGACUAAGAUGAAAUUGGUUCUUAAAACUGCGUUAAUUUUGAUAUUUCAUGCUGUAUUUUGUGCUUCUCAGUCAUCUCCAUCGAUUACAUGCUCAUAUUAUGCAUGGCAAUCAGCAAAUACAACAACAUACGAAUGUGCAUUGACAAUUUCAAAUCCAAAUGGAUUUGAUAACUUUACAAGAAUUAAUGGCGAUCAUCAGCCUGGAUUUAGUGAUCAAAAUGUGACAGAAAUUCCAUUCGCUAAUGGAUUGACUAUAAAUAUCCCACAAAUAAUUUGCAGACAAUUUGCUAAUUUAAAAAUAAUAAUUUUAGACAGAAUUGGAAUUACAUUUGUGGAUAAUAAUUCAUUUCGAGGAUGUGGACAUGUCGAGAGACUUAACUUAAAUAAUAAUGAAAUUUCAUCGGUCUCCGUUGGUGCUUUUUGGCGAAACGAGAAGCUUAAAAGUUUAGAUUUGUCUGAAAAUUCAAUUCAAAUUUUGCCAGAAAAUAUUUUUGAUAAUUUGUCAGAUUUGGAAGUGCUGAAUUUAAGUUUUAAUGAUUUUGAGACUAUACCGAAUAAAACUUUUAAAGAACUUGACAGUUUAUUGGAUUUAAGGUUAGCUGGUGUCGGAAUGUCAAGGAUAAAUCCAGCAUGGUUUGAGAAUCUUGGUGAUCUUCGUUAUCUUUAUUUAUAUUCAAAUGAAAUUUCUGAGCUAUCUGAAGACAGUUUUGAAGAUUUAGAUGACUUAACGUUAUUAAAUUUAAGCAUCAAUCCAAUUAAUGGAAAUUUCCCGCCAAAAAUCUUUGAAAAACUAUCAAAAUUAACAUAUUUGCAGCUUGAUCAAACAGGAAUUACAAAUCUGAACCCAAAAUGGUUUGAAAAAUUGGAUAACUUAGAACAAUUGUUCUUAAAAUCCAACAACAUCAGCAACUUACCUGAUAAAAUCUUCGAUGACCUAAAAAGUCUCAGAACUCUCGAUAUAUCCAACAACUCUCUAACAGUUCCACGCAUUGCAUCUUCAACUUUUGACAACCUCAAAACCCUUCAGUACCUUGAUCUAAGCUACAACAGCUUAACCAAUCUUAAUCCACAGUGGUUCAUAAAUCUUCAAAAUUUAACAACACUUUUACUGACAAGCAACAGAAUUUCUGAACUUCCAUUUGGAGUUUUUAGACCAAUCACAAGACUGAUGCAACUUUUUCUUGGAAACAACAAUUUGAAGUCAAUUAAUCGUAAUGAUUUUGGAAACUUGAGCUCAUUAGCUCAUGUAUAUGUGCAAGGAAAUCAAAUUAUUUCUGCUGAUAAAAGAUUCUUUGAUGACGCACGAGCAUUGUCGUUUUUAAAUUUCUUAAAUAAUUUGUGUGCAAGUGAAAAUUUUAUUUUCUUCUAUCUCAAUCGGGAGAGUAAUAUGCAGAGACUGUCGAGAUGUUUGGAGAAUUCAAGGUUCUUUGUUGACACUCAAACAAAUUUCACCAUAAACUACACAUUCUUUGAUGCUUUUCAUCCGGGUCUACAUGCUCAAAUAUUAUCAUCACGUGCAGCCCAUAUAACCCUUUCAAAUGCACACACUCCAAGAAUUGAAAUUAUCAUUGGUGCACAAAACAACACAAGAACAAUCAUUCAAAACAGCCAAGGAAGCAUUUAUGCUGAUGUUUCGACUCCAAAUAUUCUAGAUCUCAGCCAAUGGCGAACAUUUCGAGUCACAUGGGUCAAUGAUGUUGUUUUGGUGUUUCGCGAAGAUGAAAAAUUCCCAUUUAUUGCACAGACUAUAGACAGACCGUUUAUGAUCGACUAUUAUGGCCUCAAAUCACCUCUUAGUCACACAAGUUGGCGAGUACGGCCUAUAAAUAUUCAGCGACACAAUUAGUUGUUAUCGAAUUAAGUUUUAAAUUUGUUAAUAAAUUCAAGGGUAGAUGAAAU